AUGGCACAGUGGUGGCAGCUUCUGCUAGGAUUGUGGACAAUCAUGCCCACCUGGGCUGGACACAUGCUACUCAAUGUCUGCAUGAAUGCCCAACACCACAAGAGAGAGCCUGGCCCAGAAGACGAGCUCUAUGUAGAGUGUAUCCCCUGGAAGGACAAUGCCUGCUGCACAGCCACCACAAGCUGGGAAGCCCACCUUGAGGUGUCCCCACUCCACAACUUCACCUUGGUUCACUGUGGAUUGUUGACCCCAAGCUGUCAGAAACACUUCAUCCAGGCCAUCUGCUUCUAUCAGUGUUCCCCUAACCUGGGUCCCUGGAUCCAGCUGGUGGGGCCUAGUGGGCAGGGAGAACGCAUCGUGGGGGUGCCGCUGUGCUGGGAAGACUGUGAGGAGUGGUGGGCAGACUGCCGCACUUCUUAUACCUGCAAAUCCAACUGGUACAGCAGCUGGCACUGGAGUCAGGGAAAGAACCGCUGCCCUGCAGGGGACAUCUGUCACCCUUUCCCCCAUUACUUCCCCACCCCAACUGACCUGUGUGAGAAGAUUUGGAGCAACUCCUUCAAGGCAAGUCCUGAGCACAGGAACAGUGGGAGAUGUCUCCAGAAGUGGUUUGAGCCUGCUCAGGGCAACCCCAACGUGGCUGUGACCCGCCUCUUGGCUAACACUGCCCCAACCCGGGAGCUUGCCUAUGUCCCCAUUCCCUUCUCUCUAUUCCUGCUCUUCCUUUCCUGAGGACCCUUCCUUCCCCCACCCACAUACAUGCCUUGCUCCCACUGGCAGUGACCAGGCCAAGGCCAUCUCCUUCCUCAGGCCAUUCACUAAAAGGAGCAGAAGUGGCAGCAGCUGGUGUCUGAGCCCUGCACACUGGGUCCCAGGCACUCUACACUGCUCUGCUGGCCUGGGAAACAGCUGGGGUGGGAACUGUUAAGGUGACCCAUCCCCUCCUGCCCAUAAGAAUAAGUGCUAUGAUGGGACCCUAUGCCCUUCUGGUCCUGCCCAUGUCCACCCUUUCCAUGGCAGAGCUGAUGGUGACAGUCUGGCCUCCCAUCCUAUCAUGGUGCCUCCAAUAAAAUAGCAACUGACUUCUCCUCUCUGUGUCACUCUGCCAGAGCCCACAGGCAUGGACCCACGAUGCACAAAGAGCUGGUUUGCCUGUUGCACUGAAGUCUCAACAUUAGACUGUUACUUAGCUGGUAUCAUUCAUUUCUUAGUAUCUGCUACAUAUCCUCUCAAGGCCUCUGAUGGGAAUAUUCUCCACACCACCCCCCGUUUUUUAACAAGUGAUACACCAUACCAAAGACCCAAACCAAGGUGAGGGGUGGGGCUCCCAGACCAUCAACUCUACUGUGGACACCAAAACUGAGGCAGUUACCUCAACUGCAUUGAGUGUUCCCCCUUCCUUUCAACCCCUUCCUCCCACCAUCACAGUACACUAGUCUGGAGU